GUCCGGCCGGAAAUCAGACGAGCAACUAGUCUAGGCGACAGCAUGAAACACCAGCGACCCGCGGACUAGAUUUCGGUCGUUGUGUAGACAAGUCUGAGACUCGCAUAGAAACCGAACAAGAAGUUAUACGGGCAGAUGCUGCAACCGUGGCGAUCUGGCUGUCUGCUUCGGUGUACGUCGACCUGUGUCUAAACCCAUCCGAACGAUGUCAGGGUUCUUGACCCACUCGGAAAUCACUUGGUAAGUUCACCCCAUGGGCGGUGACGUGCAAGCAAACAGGGCCAUUUGGUUUGAUGGCCAUAGCACCCGGAAUUACGCUCCAGGCCCGCACGCGGUGAUGCUAGUUGCCAUAUGAGGCUUCCUUGGCUUAUCUCACGCAACCACCAUACGAAAUCAUCCAUGUGCAGAGGGGGGCGUGGUGUUGAACCACUGCUGUCGCCACACAAUUCCAAGGUAACCCCAGCGCAUCUCGCCAGCAACAUUCCAUGCUCCAAGUUUACGCCUUUGCGGAGGUCUGGUGGUUUGACAGUGAGGGAAGGGAUGGUGUAUGCGGGGUAACUGAUAGUUUCCUCCGCGUUUUCGCCGGAAGCGACGACCGGCGAGGUGCGAGGUUAGGGCGACGGACCAAAAAGCUUAAGUGGUAACCUUUGCUUUGCUGGCAGCCAAUCAGGAUGCGCGCUUCAUGGCGAGCCAACAAGAAUCAAAGAUUACUUUUUCCCACACACUUGCCCCGCGCCGAGGGCGUCAACGAGGUUAUAUAGAUGUGUCCGCAUCCAUGCCUUCCUCCGCUCGAUCCUCCGUGCCCCUUCCCCCUACCCUCCUGCCCUUCCUACCUGUCUAACUUAUCAUGGCCCUCGCUUCCGCCAUCGUCGCUCGUAUAUCUUCCCUUUCACCGACCCUUCACGGCUCCUCGGUCGAUUCCGGAGAUGAGAGUGCCAGUAUAAUUUCUUCGCAAGGGACGUGUUCAUCAUCUCUUUCCAGCAGUGCCUCUUAUCCGAAGUCACUGGAGUCAUCUGCCUCAACCUCAUCGUGUCCUCUCGCGAAACCUACCGUGUCAGGUCCUCUACGACCCAACGAACAUCUUGCGGUCCUUGUUUCGAAGCACCAUUGGAAGCCCGAUUCUCAAGCCUCUCACUGUGAUACCUUUAUGUGCCGGAAGAAGUUUACUAUCUUUGAACGCAAACAUCACUGCAGGAAGUGUGGCGGCGUCUUCUGCUCGGACUGCUCGACAAAAGGGACUACCCUUCUUGACACCUCUAAUUUGGAAUUCUUACAUCCACCGCGCAACGUCCCGAUCACGGACUAUGAAUCACCAAAUUCAUCUGUCGUCUUUGCCAGGGUCUGCGACGAUUGUUACGGUCAGAUACAUGGGCGCACGCGUACUCCAGUCAUCGAGCGCUCCGUGACCACUCAUCUAACGCAAGAAGCCGACUCUCGCGCCUCUUCUCCAUCACGGUCUCCAAGAUCCCCUUCAUCACCCUUGCGACUCUCUACAAGGAGGGUACAUACCUCUCCCAGGAUACCUUCAUCACCCCUUCGUUCUUCUCCUCCUUCAUCUGUGCUUGGUGGCUCUCAUGUCCCUGACUCGGACCUUGGCGAGCUUAGUGCGUAUCCUCUCAGGUACUCAAGUGCUAUCUGUAAGGCUACUGGUGGUGGCCGCUGGGAACCGAAACCGGUUAACCUGGUUGGUUACCAACCACCGGGCACUAAGCUUCCCCACGAGAUUGAGCUUGAGCGCGAAGAGGAGGAGAAGCGCAGACGCCGCGAGAAUCCCAUCUUUAGAGAUGGAGGUGCGUUUGACCUGUUCGUUCUCCAUUUGGGGCAGACGACUUAUUCUUCUCUUAGAUUUUCAACUUCGUGUUCCUCAGGAAGUCCAGCCUCGUUCGCUUGGAGGACCCAUUACCCUGUCUACCUUCUAAGCAAGGUCCAUUGCUCGUUCUCGUCUUGUCUAUGCUUGCUAUCGUCUGGUCUGUAUAAUCUUAUAUGUUCAUUAUGGUCUCUUCUCUGGCUCUUGUUGUGUUUUGUGUUCGCUGGAUUAUCUUGCAUUACCUGCUUUAUGCCUUGUGCUAUAGUUGUUACCCCGUCUCUCCUGCUUUUUGAUUCCACCCUGCGCUAUCCCACCCUCCCCCUGUUUAUACCUCCCUUAUACCUGGUAUUGUUGUUCAGGAUCUGUGUCUUUCCCUAUUAGAUGGAGUACGCUCCCUUACCGCACUCGCUGUCUAGUACUGCAUGUACUCCUAUGAUUACUUACUGUAACAUAGCAAUUCAUAUGUUCCUUGCCUAGUUGCGUGAGCUCGGUCAUGAAUAUGCGUCGUCAAAUCUAUCAUUCUAAUUAUUAUUUUUUCGU